UCGCCUUGGACGUUGUCACCGUAGGCAUCAACAUCACGACAAUUCUCUUCUAUAUAACGGAACACAACAACAAGCUACGAUACCCUGAAUCUGUUCUUUGAAAGUUUGAAUAUAUGUCUAUCCUACGCUAGAGUAUCCAAUGCACAACAUAUUCAAUAUUACCUAGCCCGUGAAACAUCCACCCCCCUGGUAGCUGUGUUCGAAAACCCUCGACGGAAUCAAGGGGCGCGGGACGCCUAUCGAAAGCUCAACUAUGUUUUCCUCGGCGUUGAAAUCCUUUACUUCCAACAUUUCGGCAAAUUACUCCAUUGCAUCUAACCCGAUCUCUGUCUCGGGCCCAUGGAAGAUUUACGACGCUAAGAGAAAAUCCACUGGGCAGGCAGUGUCCGUGUUUGUCUUCGACAAGAAGCUGCUAGACCCUCGCUCUGGCGGACUUGCUGGGGGUAGAGCGAAUACUGCGGCUUUGAAGAAGCUUCAUGAAGAAAUAAUCGAACGCCUCAAGAAGGAGGUAGGCUCACUGGCGAAGCUCCGGCACCCGAGCAUUCUCGAAUUGGCCGAACCUGUCGAGGAGACUCGUAAUGGCGGCCUUAUGUUCGCGACGGAGCCAGUAACGGCUUCAUUAGCUGGUCUUUUAAAGGAACAGGAUGAACAAGAGAGGCUUGGUGGACUCGCAGGUAGGACAAGCCGUUAUGUGGUUGAGGACGCCGAUGGUGGCAGACGAAGGAGAGAAGUCGAAAUUGAUGAACUGGAAAUACAAAAGGGCUUAUUGCAAGUGGCCAAAGGACUAGAGUUUCUACACGAGAGUGCUGGUUUAGUGCAUGGGAAUCUUACGCCAGACGCCAUUUAUCUCAAUUCCAAGUCGGAUUGGAAGAUAUCCGGCCUCGGCUUUUCAGGCCCUGCUACUGAUGCAGAAUCCUCUGUGCCCAUAUUUCCUAUUUCGUUGUCCGAAGUUCUUCACCAUGACCCACGACUGCCCCGAUCCGUGCAGCUUGAUCUCGAUUAUACUUCCCCGGAUUUCGUCCUCGACGGCAACAUCACAUCGUCUGCCGACAUGUUUUCAAUGGGCCUUUUGAUAGUCGCGCUCUACAAUACUCCUCAUAUUUCGCCCAUACAGACAAACUCGAGUGUUUCCGCCUACAAGAAAAUCUUCGCCUCUCACUCUUCUCUCCCCUCCCAAACAAACAAUUAUCUCUCCGCCAAACCACUUCCGAAGGAGCUCGCAACUUCGGUACUUCCGCGAUUAAUCUGCAGGAGACCUGCACAGAGACUUAAUGCGUUGGAGUUUCAACAGUCCACAUUCUUUGACAAUAUUCUUGUGUCAACUAUUCGCUUUUUAGAGACGCUUCCUGCAAAGUCUGCUACCGAAAAGACCCAAUUCAUGAGAGGUCUGCAAAGAAUUCUCCCUCAAUUUCCCAAGUCUGUUUUAGAGAAGAAGGUCCUCCCCGCACUACUUGAAGAGGUGAAAGAUCGGAGUCUUCUUGCUCUGACUCUCCGAAGUGUGUUCAAAAUCAUCUCUACAUUGCCUUCAGAGAGACGAGUUCUCAAGGAGAAGGUCAAUCCUAAACUUCGAGAGAUCUUCCUCUCCUCUGGCUCAACCCAGAAAGCGAGCGGGCUAGAAAGGGAUACAGGUAAAGAGGCAGGCCUCAUGGUAGUCCUCGAAAAUAUGAAUGUGUUUGCCGAAUUUUCAUCAACGGUGGAGUUCAAGUCAGAUAUAUGGCCAAUCAUGCAAUUGGCUUUAGGAUCAUCAACGCAUGGUUUGAUUGAUGCAGCUCUUCAAACACUCCCCGUCAUCCUUCCUGUGCUUGACGUCUCCACGACGAGAGAUGAGCUUUUCCCGACUAUUGCGACAAUCUUCACCAAAACCUCCAGUCUUGCGAUAAAGAUUCAGGGCUUGAAUUCUCUAUAUGUUCUCUGCGGAGGUUCUUUUGAGGAUCAAGAGGAAGCACUAGGCGACGAUCUGAACGGUGUCGCCAAGAAACCGGAGACCAAUUUCAAGAAACAACGGCUGGAUAAGUUUACUGUCCAAGAGAAAGUCGUGCCACUUCUGAAGGGGAUCAAGACUAGGGAGCCUGCAGUUAUGAUGGCCGCCCUCGGAGUCUUUAGGCAGGUGGGAGAUAUAGGUGACUCUGAUUUCGUCGCAUUAGAGGUGCUUCCGAUCCUCUGGAGCUUCGCAUUGGGCCCACUCCUCAAUUUGGAGCAAUUUCAGAAAUACAUGAGCCUCAUCAAAGGGCUUUCCAACCGUAUCGAGAGCGAGCAAUUGAAGAAACUCAGAGAGCUCUCAUCCUCAACACCUGCCCCAGGAACCGCAUCGCUCAGCCGUGUCAGUCCCUUUGGAGCACCAGGUAGAACCGCUUCACGAAAUGGGACACCUACCACCGACGAAGCUACAGCAGGCACCACAGCUGAUUUUGAGCAGCUCGUCCUCGGAAAGAAAUCUGAUGCUGCCUCUAAUGAGGCAAUUUUAGACGGAGGCUGGGCAUCUUCCCCUGCUUCGGCGCAUCCUCCCAAGCCCCAGCAGCCCUCUGCCCCGGUCUUUUCCUGGUCCACAGUAAAUCCAAGCGCUGCUGCGAAACAACCAACUGGCGUUCCUCGGGCAAUUACUCCAGACAUGGCGCUCAACAACUUCGCCCCGCUGAAUCCAAUGAAUCCUAGUCGUCCAGGUCCAUCCACUACGAAUGGGUCUCAACCCUCCUUUUCCACGAGCGUGGCUUCUCUGCAGCCACAGAAUUAUGCCACAUCUAAUGCGCCUAAUAACGCAUGGACAGGUCUUUCUCCACAGCGAACUAGCUCAGGCCCGUCACUAGCGACACUCAGCUCGAUGCAAUCCACGGCCACAAACACUGCUACCAGCCCUUGGGCUUCAAAUGCAUCAGCCAACCCUGCCGGCUCAGCGUCAGCAUUCCCCUCAUCUUUUGUACCGCCUUCCUCGUCGCUAAUGUCUCCUCCGCCGCUUGCUCCUCCUCCUGCUCCUUCGCUGUCAUCUUCCAGUCCCCUUUCAGCAUUCAGUAUCCCCCCACCACGGAGCAGCAAGCCGGGCACGCCAGUGGGUGCGCAAUAUGCACAAACCAUGCAGCCGCGCUACGGUGCAGGUCUUGCCGGUGGCAUGGGCGGCACAACAUCGGGAGGCUUUAACACUCUCCCUCAAGCCCAGCCCAUGAAUUCUAGCUCCUUCUCGACCCUAGCCUCAUCGACAGAAGCCACAGUGCCGAUGCAGCCUGCAAAUCCGCAGAAACAAGGCCUCGAUGCUUAUGAGAGUCUACUCUAGAUAUAAUUCUAAUUCAGAAUUGCUCUUUGUAUUCUCUUUCUGCCCUCCGUCCUCUGUUUAUUUUUUUUUCUAUAGCUUUCUGAAAAGUUUAAGUUGGGAAAUGGUGUCGCGUAUCUUGGGAAAGCAUGCUAAAGGUGUAUCUAUGCGUCAUUUCAUCGUUUCAAGUAGAUCGGUAUUUAAGCAUUUCAUGAAAAUGCUCAAACAUGUCUAUGUAUUCCAGCGUUACCGUCAAGUAUACCAUUUUGCUCAAAUUAACUAAGCGGGUCCACUGCUCUUGACUCGCAGUAGGAGUGGGAAAGACAAGUUAAUUGUAUGUUCGGUUUUCAUCCGUCCAAUAUUCUCCAUAGUUGUUGGUAUAAUGCCAAGACUUGUCCCCUGGCCAGCUC